UAAAAAAAUGAAGGGCGUCUCUUUCUUUUCUUCUUUCUUCUUAUCUUUCUUUAUCUUUCUUUCUUUUCCUUAUGCUAUAUUCCAUUAUUUCUAUAUACCCGCUGCCGUCAGUAAACCUUUGUAAUCAAAAGAGGCAAAGUCAAAUGUUAACAAAGAAAUAAACCCGAAAACAACCCUCAUAUUGCUACAGCGUUUGAAAAUCGCUUGAAAGCAAGAUGUUCAAAUUCGUUAUUUCAAAGGUAUGCAUCGCGAAGCUGUCAAAUGUUUGCACUACAUAUAUUUCCCUACCUUAUUUGUAAAAAUUAUCUUCCCCUACCCGUCGGCAGUAUAGCUCCAAGUCCUUGAAAAAACCCCUUUGUCUACAUUGAAUUUCCCCCGAAUUUCAUUCCAGUAAAAUCUUGUCACACACAGUUGAGCUUCAUUCUUAUAGUUUUCCACAUUUCAAAAAUGGUCUUGUGUCGUGUUUCUUAUUUGAUGACUGGUAAAAAGAGUUUGUGCGAGUGUUCAUCUAUGGAUGACAUAUGCUUGAUCAGCAAGCUUCGUCGAAGUGUCUCGUCGAUAAAGUUCUGUUGAUUUUGGAGACGGCUGAUGGAUUUGAAGUUGAAGACGAACUCUCUUUCAGUGUCUAUGGCUUAUUUGACGACUUGAGAAAAAUAAUCGAAACGUCAGGAAGGCCCUCAACGGGAAGAACUGGAGUUGCAACAUAUUCAAUUUUUUCCGGAGGACACAAAUUUGAAUUCUGCCAUUGUAGCCGAUGCAUCCCGCGGGAUGAAACAACCAGGACUGAUUAUACUUGGAGUGGACCAAUUCUACCUUAAAUUAGAUGAGCAUGCAGUCAAACUUGGAGUUGGUUGCGUGUCAGAGGCCAUGGGAUAUGUUUUUGGGGCUUAUUUUGUGUUUAAUUGCUCAUAUCCGCCUCUGUGGCACAUGGUUUUUUGUUUUUUUGGAAGAAGUUGUAAAUAUUCCUAAAGAACUUAGGAGCGCAAUAUCUUCAAUCACCAUUAGAAAUUUCGUGUCAAAACUUUUCAAAGUAUCCAAUUAGUUAGCAAUGUUUUAAGUUGGAACUGGGAAAAUACAAUGUCUUUG